AUGUUUGAAACAUUGCUAACAGAAAUAAGAAAUGUAGAAUUAAUAAACGAAGAAGAAGAUUUGCAAGGAAGAGGAGUCAACGUGGAUGUAUUUGAAGGCUUUGAAUUUGAGACGCAAACAGUAGAUAUAGCAGAAGACCUCAUUCCAGGCGGAAAUCCCGGGCCGCAAUUGUGUGCAGAAAUAGCAGGUACGCCGCUUUGGGAUUUAUUUGUACUGACAGAGCUUAAAGAAAUAAUGCGUCAAAGGGAUGAUGUUGCCUUUACAACGGCAUUAAAUAAUAUGGCUAGUGGAUGUAUGUCACCUGAAGAUGUCAAUUUAAUUGAAGGUCGGUGCUUUAGUAACUCAUCACUUCCAGACACGUGUAAGGGCGCAGUUCAUCUAUUCAGCAGUAACCGAGAAGUUGAUGAGCAUAAUUCUAAAAUACUCUCAAAUAUGACUACCGAAGGAGCGAUAUCCCGGGCUGUGGAUAGAGUAAGUGGCGAAGCUAAUCCUGCUAUGAAAGAAAAAGCUCUAAACACAGUUGCCAAGUUACCUAGUCUCAAACCUACGGAUUACCUAAUGCUAUAA